UUAGUGUGUUCUUGGAGUUACUCUUAGAUGCCUUGAGCAGUAGCUUAUGGACUAGGAGGGCUUUUUGUCUUGCUUUGUAGCAGAGGAGAGCUUUGCAGGCUUUUUUUGGCCUGAGCUGUAGGGAAGAUCUGGUUCCCUGCACUCUGUGAGUUCACAAACCAGCCCAGGGUGGCUGCUAUUGUGAUGUCAGGGGCCGCAUCCCAGCGUUGCCAAGGCAAAGUUGCUGUGCCCAGGCCCGGCAGGGCUCAGUGAGCAGAGCAGCUCUGUGGCACGCUGACUGCAGGUGGAACCUGCUGAUCGCCGAGGUCUCUGCCAGCAGGACUCGCAGGAUUUUUGGUUUUUCCUCAAGGCGUUGUCUGGUGCAGACUUGGGCAGCGCUGCUCAGGCCAUGGAGAGAGUGUGUGCUGCAGUUUUCACGGCUUUCUCCGUGGCCUAUUCUGGGUACUUUUUCACCCAGCUGGCACGUCACAUCACCCGUGCCUGGAGAGAAUCUGCUCCUUGGAGCCCAAAACAGACCUCUGAGCCUCCUCUGGAUGCAUGUCUUCCUGAAGAAGAGGCCAAAUGGGAGGAAGAUUCCCACCAAUGUGCACCUGCUGCCACUGCAGGGCCUGAGCAUCCAGCAUCAAGCAAAAGGGCAGCGCCAGCACCUGCUCCGGCUGCCUCUGCACCCGAGGAAGAGGCUGAAGAGGAGGAAGGUGCCAAUGAACCUGCCCCUGCUGUCAGCCCACAGCCUGAGCAGCCAGCAUCAAGCUCCAGCUCCUCUGUCGUGGCACCUGCACAAGCUGCAGCUGAAGAAGCCUCCAGUUACUGGAGCCAGGAACAGAGGAUUGGUGUUGUUGUCCACUUUCUGUUUUCCAGGCCCAGCACUCCCACCCCCCACGUCACCGUGGGAACCGGAAGAUUCUGCCUGGAGAUCCUUGGCAAGUCGUGA